ACCCCAUGCCCCCAGUGUCCCCACAUCCCAUAUUCCCAUCCAUUUCCUGUGUCCCCACCCCUUUGCUCCCCACUUCCCGCCGUCCCACUGGGAUAACCCCAUUCUCAGUGCCCAACAUCCCCGUCCCCACACUGAAGUGUCCCCAUCCCCCUGUCCCCAUCCCACCCCCUGUCCCCUGGCUGGUCCCAUUGCCGACGUCCCCAUUCCCGACGUCCCCAUUCCCUUUACUUUCCCCAUCCCUCCGGCUGUCCCAGUUCCGCAUCCCUUCUCCCGGUCUCCGUUCCCCCCCCGGGGGAAUCCCGCUGCUCCGUCUCCUCGUGGCGUCCCGUCAUCCCGGUGUCCCCCCCGGGAAAUUCCUGCCCCCCUUCCCCCCCCCAGGUCCAUCCCGGUUCCCGCUGUCCCCAAUCCCGGUGUCCCUCUGUCCCCGUCCCCCCCUCGCAACCGCUCCGGUGCCGGUCCCGGUGCUUUGGGGCCGUGGCUCCUCCCCGGUGAGUCACGACGGGGCGGGGCGGGGGCGGCCCGGACCCCCCCGGGCACUUUCCGAGGGGACUCCGAAGCGGGCGGCAGCGCUGAACCGGGCAGCCCCGCUCCGCCAUGACCCCCCCGGCCCCGCCGCGAUGGCCCCGGAGCCGUCGGUUCCGUUACCGGGCGCUGCUCCCGGUGCUGCUGUCGCUGCUGCUGCCGUCCGCCGUCGCUUUCAACCUGGAGACGUCGCGGCCCUUCGCCUUCCGGGGGUCCCCCGGGUCCCUCUUUGGUUUCGCGUUGGAUUUUUACCUGCCCCGACCCCACAGUGUCAGCAUCCUGGUUGGGGCUCCCAAAGCCAACACGAGUCAACCCAACGUCACCCAGGGGGGGGCCGUCUACCACUGCCCAUGGCCCCCCAGCACUGACUGCACCCCCAUUGACUUCGACCACAUCGGGACCCGCAGCCACCCCAAUGACUUUGGGGGCAACAACACUGAAAACCCCGACCCCAUGGAGUUCAAAUCCCUGCAGUGGUUUGGGGCCACGGUGCGGGCGCACAACGCAUCCAUCCUGGCUUGUGCCCCCCUGUACAGCUGGCGCCCCAUAAAGGAUGAGGGGGGGCGAGACCCGGUGGAUCUGAACUCUGAAGCUGGGCAGGGCUACUGCCAGGGGGGGUUCAGUGCGGAGUUCACCCAGGUGAUGUCGGCGACGCAGGAGCAAAUUGCUGCCUCCAAUUACCCCGAAUACUUCAUCCAGGAUGUGGCUGGGCAGCUGCAGACUCGCCAGGCGGCCGCCACCUAUGAUGACAGUUAUAUGG